UGCUUCUAAUCGCCGACGGCUUGUGGACUAACUACCCGCGCGACGGAUUUCCGACAUUAAUCACAAUGCUCAGCUCAGAUGGAGAUUCGGACAGCUCAUCACAACGCUUCAACCUCCGGCCGAGGUCGAUGAAGAAACGCCAGAGCCAGAACGAGACGAAGCGAGGCAAAAGUCGACCCGCACCGCUCUCGAAAUACCGCCGGAAGACGGCGAACGCUCGAGAACGAUUCAGGAUGCAAGAGAUCAACGAUGCGUUCGAGAAACUGCGCAACGUAGUUCCGGGAAUGCCGAGUGAGACCGAUCCAAAACUGACGAAGAUCACCACGUUACGUCUUGCGAUGAACUACAUCAACGCUCUCAGCCGGGUGCUGGCCGAGGCCGACAGGAUGAACCACCCAUCCAGGAUGGAGUUCUCCCUGGAUGAGCUCUACGGUGAUAUUCAGGAGUUGAUCGCUUCCGACGGAACCUCCGAAGUCAGCUUCAGUGAUGCGUCGUCCAUCUGAGUGAUAGAGUGGAAAUCUACUCAAGCAGUGAAUGCUUGAAGCAUAUCUGUUGGUAAAGGUGAUCGAAAAUGAGAGAAGAGCGAAUGAGAGCCUGUUUGAGUCCAUGUGGAUCAAUCUUCGGAAGAGAGUCCGCGGAA